AUGGGCGGGAACCCGCCUCACGCACCGCCAAAACUUCCCCAUAACGUGUUUUUCAGUAGUGGACAAAUUGCUGAAGUCGGACUCUCCCUUUUUUUUUUUUUUUUUUUUUUUGUUGCUCAUUCUCUCUCUCUUCUCUCCUUCUCUACCUCCGUCUCUCCCCGCGGUUUCUCUGACUACCAGACGGCUGGCUCGUCGGGGACCUCCCAGACCAUGAAGAGGACCAUCGGACACCGAGGGGUCGACCCUACGGGCGAGACCACCUACAAGAAGACCACUUCCUCUGCCCUGAAAGGUGCCAUCCAGCUGGGCAUCACCCACACCGUGGGCAGCUUGAGCCAGAAGGCCGAGCGGGACGUGCUCAUGCAGGACUUUGUGGUGGUGGAGAGCAUCUUCUUCCCCAGCGAGGGCAGUAAUCUGACCCCAGCCCACCGCUACAGCGACUUCAGGUUUAAGACCUACGCCCCCAUCGCCUUCCGCUACUUCCGCGAGCUCUUCGGAAUCCGGCCCGACGACUACCUGUACUCGCUCUGCAACGAGUCGCUGAUCGAGCUCUCCAACUCGGGCGCCAGCGGCUCCGUCUUCUACGUCUCCAGCGACGACGAGUUCAUCAUCAAGACCGUGCAGCACAAGGAGGCGGAGUUUCUGCAGAAGCUGCUCCCGGGCUACUUCAUGAACCUGAACCAGAACAAGCGGACGCUGCUGCCCAAGUUCUACGGGCUGUACUGCGUGCAGGCGGGCGGGAAGAACAUCCGCAUCCUGGUGAUGAACAACCUGCUGCCGCGCUCGGUGCACAUGCACCUGAAGUUCGACCUGAAGGGCUCCACCUACAAGCGCCGCGCCUCGGCCAAGGAGCGCGAGAAGACCUCGCCCACCUACAAGGACCUGGACUUCAUCCAGGACCUGCCCGACGGCCUGCUGAUGGAGCCUGAGAACUACAACGCCCUGAGCAAGACCAUCCAGAGGGACUGCCUGCUGCUGCAGAGCUUUAAGAUCAUGGACUACAGCAUGCUGGUGGGGAUCCACAAUGUGGACCAGGCGGGGGAGAGUGACCAGCGCAUACGGCGGGGCCAGAAGGCCCUGUUCAGCACCGCCAUGGAGUCCAUCCAGGGGGAGGCCAGCGGGAAGGGCCCGCUAGACUCUGCAGAUCAGUCAGGGGGGAUCCCGGCACGCAACGCUAAAGGGGAGAGGCUGCUGGUGUACAUCGGCGUCAUCGACAUCCUGCAGUCGUACAGGUUCAUGAAGAAACUGGAGCACUCCUGGAAGGCCCUGGUCCAUGAUGGGGACACGGUGUCUGUGCACAGACCUGGCUUCUACGCCGAGAGGUUUCAGAAGUUCAUGUGCAACACCGCCUUCAAGAAGAUUCCGCUGAAGCCCUCCCCUUCGAAGAAGAGCCGGACGGGGGGCCAGGGCGGGCUGAGGAGGGCCAACACCGCCAUGGGGUCCACCGUCCCACAAUCCAGUGCGGCCGGCGGCUCGGGGACGGACGCGCGACCGGGCUAUCAGUCCCAGCUCAGCCAAUCGGAGGCUGAGGCCGAGAGCGGCAUGCAGUCGGGCCGCCCCGACCUCCUCCCGAGGACCCCUCCCGUGGACGAGGCUGUCUGUGACUCCGUCGAGACCACCCUCUCCAACUGCUCCCUGGGAAGCGGGGGGCUUGGCUCCGCCUCUCUUCUCGUCAGGUCAGUCGGAGUGGAGGUGCACAAAGCAGCGAGCCAAGACCACAGCGCCCCCGACAGCGCUGCCACGGCCGCCGCGGAGGAGCAGGACAGCAGGGAGGACGUCAUUUCGCUCCAGGACAUCGAGACCAACCUCUGAUCUGGAAAGAAGAGAGAACGAAAGUGAUCCUGUGGAAGGCGCGAGUGAGAGAGAGAGAGAGAGCGAGAGAAAGGACCGGAACGUGCGGAGAGAGACACUCUAAAAAGGAAAGAAAAAAAGAAGGGGGGGAGGAGGAGAAGAACAAUCCCUCGUUUUCCUGAGGGAACUUUUUUUGCAAGAAUGAGUGCCAGGAGGUGAAAAGAAGGAAAGAAAGCAAUGGACCUGUGAGGAGAGUGAGAAUGUGAGAGGGAGGGAGAUGGAGAGAGAGAGAGAGAGCGGGAGCGGGAGCGGGAGGGGCAGAGAGAGAGAGAGAGAGAGAGAGAGAGUGAGAGAGGUGGACAAGUCUGCAGGGAAAAUCCUGCCCGACACCAAGUCUGCUGCUUGUGACACUGACCACAGCUGCACCAUGAGUGCAGCUCUACCAGCCACCUUCAUCUGUCUGAACCCCACACCCAGCCCCGGGGGGGGCGGCAGGGGCUCAACACAGGGCGUUUUGUCUUGGGGCGGGGUGGGGGGGGGGUGCCCUGGCUGCCGGGCGACGCCGAGGUGCGGGUGCAGGCUCGGGCACGCGAACGCGUUUCGCGGGUCUGAAGAGUCUGACGUCUCAGCAGGGACGUCGGGCCCCGGGCCCGGGCCGCACAGAUCGUCUUCAGACCCCGCGCGAGGAGAGCCGCAUUUCUGCCGCCGGGGAGCGAGGAUAAUGAUUGUAAUCUCAAGAAAGUUGCCUUAGUUGUGUGUGAACUGACAGACGAGGAGCCUUUUCCUACAAUAAUCAAAUUUUUCAAACACUCAACACGGUUUCUCCCUUCGCUGUGAUUUUUAUUGUUUGUUUGGACUUCAGCUAUUGCUUUUCAUUGUGUUGAACUUGCCAGCACUGUCCUGGAGUUUCACUGUAUCACAGUAAUACAGUGUAAUUUUGUUUCUACAGUACGUAUAGAGAGCUAGGUCAGUGUAGCACUGUAGUAUUCCGUUAGGGGCAUUGUAGUGGACUCCUACUGCUGUGCUGUGAUGAGUUAGAGUCUUAAGUGGGGGGGUUUGUGAUUCUGUGCCAUAACAGGAGGCAUUGCAGGGGUGACCCAGGAUUAGGACUACAAUUCCCACUCACCCCUUUGUUCUUCGAUUCAGAGAGACGGGGCGAUGCCUGGGCUCAGUGGAACAUGGUCUCUGUAUUUUUUUAUUAUUUUUUUUUGCUUUUGUUUGUUUUUUUCCCCCACUUUUCCCUGCAAGUCUUUUUGGACUUGUUGUGAUUACAUUCAUUGAAGAAGGCUACCAUUUCAACUUUUUAAAUGUUUCAUUUCAAAGAAACCUGAAGGAUGGAUUUCGGAAAAGUUGCUGAAAUGGGAUAGGAGGAGGACAGAUGAAGAAGCACCCCCCUACCAUUUGGAACUUUUCGCCUUCCCUUUUCCCGUCUUCUCUUUUGAUGAUGAUUCCCUCCUGCCCCCCCCCCCCCUUCCAAAAGCACAGCAGCCACUGACCCAUUGUCUGCGAACUGAUUUUUUUGCACCACCCGCCUUUGGGUGGAGUCAGGGGAGUAUGGGUGGAGAUUCUGAUCGAUGGGGACAACGGUGGCGUUUCCACGGCCACGCUGUCGUCGGGCAAGACACUGUGUUGGGCCUGAGUCUUUUAGCAGCAGGCUUUAAGGGGCUUUAACUUUCUCUGUGUUUUUCGGCUUGACCUGGCUGACCUUGCUGUGGAAACGCAUCCGCACCGUCCACAGGCUACAUUAGCGCUGCCCUUGACAUACGGUUCCAAGUUCCCCCUUUCCGGUUUCCUCAGUUUGGGUGAAGAUCACACGCCGUUCGGUUACAAAACGGGCGCGUCCUUCGAGGGAAGCCAGCCCCCCCCCCCUGCUAAUUAUUAAAAUAGCGACCGCCGUCAAAAACACCUCGAGCGAGACCACAUCCUGGAAAUGACUGCACGCGUUUUCGUUUCGGAAGCGUCCUGUGAGGCGUUGGCCUCGUGCGACCGAGAGCACUUCCUGUUCCUCUCCCCGAAAUAGCCACCGAUCUCCAAUUUUUUGUUUUGUUCAUGUUCAUACUGCAAAACAAAAGUGUUUCAAGCUUAUAAUGAGACUUAAAAUCUUAUUUUUUCUCUCAAGUAGAGAGUAUUAGCUUAUUUUUUUAGUUACUUUUUUGCUUGAUGGGAAACCAUCUUACCCCCCCACCGGCAAAUCUUGAAAUGAACAACAAACUGUCACCUCAUAGGUAAAUUGUUUUUGUCGGAUUUUGCAAAAAAAGUAACAGAAAUGAGAUUUCAAGUCUAAAAAAGACUUAAGAUACUUAUUUUUUUGGUUUUUGCAGUGCGCCUGCCUCUUUCUCACAUUGGUAGGGUUGUCGUCUCGCCAGAUUUCAUCUCUGGCCACAAAGAAAAAGCAGGCCUUGCUGUUUGUUUUUUUUCCCCCCUUUCUUUCUUUUUUCUGGCACCCAGGAAGUGGUUCUCUGUGGUUCUUGUGUGGACGCACACACCGCGCGGCCGUCGCAGACGCCGUUCGCCGAGCCGGUUAGAGUGUGACCGUUAGCCGCGGGGUGCUUCUGCGCGACGGUCAGCCCGGGUCACGCUCGUUCCUUUCGGCCCUCUUCAUCGUAUCGGCAUACCCACUGCCAGCCGAGCUCAUCGGCUUGUCAGCCAUCCGGUGGACCAAUCAGAGAUGACGGAUGACGAAGCAGGAGGACCAAUGAAAUCCGAUCUGCCUUGAGGGCAGAGCAACGCUUUUCAGUACACAACAGACCGCCUUUCACACUCACACACACACACACACACACACCCAUUCAUGUGCCUUGAACAUGCUGCGUAAGACUGUCUCAGUCAAACCUGGUUGUUUCCGUGCUCCUUCAAGCUGCUGCUUUUCUCCGGGUAGCGGAGAUGACUGCCCCGCCCUCUCGAAACGGACCAGCGUUCACACGCCUUCCGCGACCCGCAAACUCCACCACUGUGUGGAAUGGAGGGGAGGGGGGGCUGUCCUCUACACCCCCCCCCCCCUCCAUUCCACACAGUUUUCCCUUCUCUGCUUUCUGAUGCGUCUCUUGCUGAUAUUUUUACCCUACAGUUUAUACCCAAUUCGGGUAGUGAUCUCAUAGGCAGCCCCAGGGACCAACUGAAGGACCAACCCUGAACAGGGAGGGGAGGGGGGAGGGGGGAAAUCCCAUUCACUGCUCUACUCUGCUGUGAACAGUCUAUCAGUUGUGGCUCGGGUAAAUAGACACAGGGGGACCUUAUUCUUGGUUUGGGGGGGGCAAUAUGACCACAGUGUCUUCUGUAUUCCCGUGGAUUGUAUGUUUAGGUCUUGGUUUCCAUUGGCUGCUGUUAAAAGCAUCGCGCCAAAUAAAGACGUGUGAUUGGACGAGAGCGCGUCGGGUCGGCUCUGGGACUUCGGUUCACGUGCCUGCGCAGCAGAGGGCACCCGUUUCCUGUGCCACGGCAGCGCCGAUUGGACGGAAUGUUGACCACGAGCCAAUCCCCUGAAGCCCUCGGACCAAAUGGUCACCCUUCUGUUCCCACAACCCUCAUCUGUGCUGCGUGCACCUUCCAGCAUGUCCCUAUGAUGCAUACUGCUUGUACACAACUACAGUGCUGUCAUUAUUUCUUUUCCCUGUUUGUCUACUGAAGUUAAGUGUUUUAUGUUAUUGUUGCCCUGUUCAUAAGUUUUGGAAGGCGUCUGAAUUAUAUAAUCGGCAAUCUUGUCGUCAGUAGAUUUGAAUGGAAGAUGUAAACGGGGUUUGACUGUCACAUGCCCCCCCCCCCUUCCCCACCCCCAAAUGGCUCCUUGGCCUGUGCUGAUAAGUGUAAGUGCAUGUGUGUGCGUGCGUGAGUGAGUAAGAGGGAGAGAGAACGUGUAGUCUACUUCAUGAUUUACAUGCAUAUUGAACUGGACCUGGGAAUGAAUUCUUUGAAAUUGAAGUGUUCUUUCGUUUUCAGGAAGAAGCCGGUUAUUUGAAAAAGAAUCAUCCCAGUGCAAGUGAUUAGUUGGACUAUCCAAGCACACAGCUCCUUGGUCCAUUACAAGGCAGAUUUACAAAUGUGUAGCACGUCCAACCAAGCACUUUCCCUGGGUUACAUUUUGUCGUAGAACCUGCACUUUUGUGCCUUUUCCGAAUAGAGUGUGUGGCAGGAUCGUUUUAGCGCCAAAGUCCAGGGGGUGUCCGAAUGAGAAAAAUGGGGACGUGGAUCUUUUUCGAGGGGAGGGGCAUAGAUUGGAUUUCCCUUUAUGCCUUUGUAGUGCUUGUCUGGUUUUCUUUUGCAUUCCAUUUUGAAUUGUAGCAUUGUCUUUUUAUAUUUCACAAGCUUAUUUCUCUUUUGCCCUAUAAUCUGAAUCGCAUAUUUUUCAACAGGGCAGCCAUCGAACGAUGGGCAUCUUUUCUUUUUUUUAAAAAAAAUUCCUGUCACAAUUAAAUCUAUUUGCUCUCCCCUUCCCAAGUCCCUAAAACCCAAGACUCUCUUCAGCAGAUUCUCAAAAGAACCAGAAAUGCCUUAAAAUCGACUCCAGGGUUUUUGACUCUGCCCUCAAUCGAACAGUUGACGACACACUCGGUUUACAUGCAGUAUUAACAGGGUAGGGCCCGCAGAGGCCUUUAGAAGUUUGUGGUGUUGGUUAAACUAAACUGAAAAUAACCCUUCUGGCACCUCAGAGUUAAGUGCGUCUGAAUGAUCGCACAGAAAACCCUACGCGUAAAACUAGUCGAAACGGCACAGAACACUAAAAAUGUGUGUACAUCAUGGCUGGUACAGAAGUUAUAAUGAAUGGCCAUCUGUGAGAUUUUAAGUCAUAUUUAUUGAUUUUUUUUUUUUGGUUUGUUCAGAAAUGCUGUUUUCUGAAAUGUUUAUGAUUGUAUGCAAUAUUAAGUAUUCCAGCUGGGUCAUUGUUUGAGGAACUUCGCUGAGAGCACACGGAAGUCAGGAAGUUUAGUGAUGACUUUUUCUCUCUUUUUUUUUUGUAUUUCAGCAGUGGAUUAUAGUUUAAGAUGAUUAUACAGUAUUGUAAUAUCUAUAAUAUCUAUUAAGAAUAUUCUCGCCUGCGUUUCUGUGUGAUUUGUAUUAGUCUCGUCUGUGCAUCUCUGUUCGUACAGUUUUACUGAUUGUUGUCCAGUACAAUAUCAAUAUCUUUUUACUCUUGCCUGUAUAAAAUGUGUAUAUGUAUAUAUAUAGGAGUCAAGGCAAUGCCUUUUCUUGCAGUGUUUAUUGGCCAUUUUUUCCCCACCAUGAUUUCAUUGAUCUGGUGAUUUUUUUUUUUUUUUUCAUACUGUAUUUCUGAAUCGAGUUCAUUAAAAAAAGGAAGAAAGUAAGUGUCUUGUUUCUUAUUCACAUCAGUCUGCUUUUGUCAGAUGGAGUUAUGAAUAAAUCAUGAAAUCAUUGCAUGGCUCAUAAAUAUUAUAUUAAAUUACUUUGGCCAACUGAAAAGUUUGCUCUGGGAGGCAAAAUGCCCAAGACUUUUUUUCAUUUUUAUUUUGUUUAUUUUUCUGUCCAUGGAGUCUUGUGUCCAUGGAAGAACUGCAGGAGGAGAUGCCUGUUCUCUCAGUCACAAUAUUUUAUUUAUUUACUGCUGUCUUAAAUUACCUCCUUUUUUAUUAAAAACAAAGCAUGACUACAA